AUGGAGACGUCUGACGUGCCCCCAGAGGUCAAAGUGAGAACCAGGCACGCGCUCAUCAGAGCCGAGCGUCUCAUGACGCCCCGCACCCGGCGGCGCUCACGCCCCGAUCUCAGCCUGCGGGGAGAUUACAACAUCGCAGGUCUCUUCCCCCUGUAUAACACGCAGGAGGGUGACAACAGCCUCCCUGUGCUCGGACACUGCAACGAGGGCACAAUUAACAAACACGGCUACCAUCUGAUGCAAGCCAUGCGGUUCGCUGUGGAAGAAAUAAACAACGGCACAAGAGACAGGCAGCUGCUACCGGGAGUCACGCUGGGUUACCAAGUCUACGAUGUCUGCUCCCUGUCGGCCGACACGCUGGCCACCAUCGAGCUGCUGGCCCAGCGGUACGGGCAGCCCUGCAGCGAUUGCUCCGAGGAGGACCUCAGUGCUGUGGGGGUCAUCGGUCCAGACAGCAGCAGUUUUGCCUUCAUUCCUGCAGCUGUCCUGGGCUCUGAUCUGGUGCCUCAGAUAUCCUACGAGGCUUCAAAUGAAAUGCUGAGCAAUAAGUAUUUGUACCCGGCAUUCUUUCGCACAAUCCCCAGUGACAAAAACCAGGUGAACGCCAUGAUUGAGCUGCUGCGCAGGUUCGAGUGGACGUGGAUAGCUCUUCUCGGGAGUGACAAUGACUACGGUCUGCAAGGCAUGCAAAGCCUGUCUGAGCUAGCACCACACUAUGACAUCUGUAUCGCCUAUCAGGCAGUGAUUCCGGCGUACACGGACGGUACGCGGGCGCAGAUCCAGCAGAUGGUCACAAAGAUCAUCCACACCCGGGUGAACACCAUUGUUGUCUUCUCCAGCAAGCGAAUCGUGAGCGGCUUUUUCCGAAUGGUCAUUGAACAGAAUGUGACGGGUAAAGUGUGGAUCGGGACGGAGGAUUGGUCAGUGGCCACGCUGGUGUCGGGUAUCCCUGGCAUCCGCACCAUCGGGACCGUCCUGGGGACAUCGGUCAAAUACACCCCAUUUUCCGGCUUCCAGGCCUUCGAGGACCUCUCUGGGCUGAUCGCUGAGCAAAAUGCCAACAAGUCUGUGAGUUGGAAUGGCACAUGUGUCCAGAGUGUGACGUGCCUGCAAGACUCUGACCUCAUAACAUUUACCUCUAAAGCCUUCCCACUGGAGAAGUAUGAUAUCACAUCCUCUUUUAAUGUGUACAAGGCUGUCUAUGCCCUGGCCCACUCCCUCCACUCGCUGCUAGACUGUGACUCGGGGGAAUGCAAAACUGUGGAUAUACAACCAUGGCAGCUUCUGCAGAAAUUGAAGCAGGUCAAUUUUUCUAUUGGGGAAACAUUAGUAUAUUUUGACAAGAAUGGGGACCCCCCUACGGGUUAUGACAUAGUCACGUGGGAUUGGAUGGGGGACAGUUGGGCGCUGCGUGUCGUGGGAGCAUACAGUCCGAACCCCACCUACCUGGAGAUUGAUGCUAACGGAGUCCAUUGGAACUCCGCUGGACCAGGUCUGGUCCCCCAGUCCAGGUGCUCACCUGACUGUCCUCCGGGUUACAGGAAGUUACAGACUGGACAGCACAAAUGCUGCUUUGACUGCCAGGCGUGCCCAGCGGCUACUUUCCUCAACAAGAGCGGUGACACCAGCUGCCAGCCCUGCCAGAUCAGCGAGUGGUCCCUGCCAAAGAGCGAGGUGUGUCUCCAAAGGACGGUGGCAUACCUCCCGUGGGACGACCCCUUGGCAGUGGCCCUGCUCGUGAUGCUGGCCCUGACGGAGCUGUUGAUCGUGGGCACCGCCCUGACCUUUCUGCUCCACCUCGGCACGCCGGUGGUGAAGUCGGCGGGCGGGAGGACCUGCCUGGUGAUGCUGACCUCGCUGGCGGCGGCGGCCAGCAGCGGGCUGUGCCACUUCGGCGUGCCCUCCGGCCCCGCCUGCCUGCUGAAGCAGUCCCUCUUCGUCCUCAGCUUCACCGUGUGCCUGGCCUGCGUGGCCGUGCGCUCCUUCCAGCUCGUCUGCAUCUUCAAGUUCUCCAACAAGCUGCCCCGGGCCUACGGCACCUGGGCCAGGAACAACGGGCCUCAGGCGGUUAUCCUGGUCGUGUCCGGGGUGGAGUGCCUCAUCUCCCUGCUCCGCUUGCUCCUGGACCCCCCGCAGCCAUCCCAGGAGUACAGCUUCUACGCAGACAAGGUCAUCUUGGAGUGCAGCAAGACCCUCUCUGCGGGGGCUGUCGUGGAGCUGGGGUACGUGGCCCUGCUCAGCACUCUCUGUUUCUGCCUCAGCUACCUGGGCAAAGACCUGCCGGCCAACUACAGCGAGGCCAAGUGCAUCACCUUCAGCCUCCUCCUCUACAUGAUCUCCUGGAUCAGCUUCUUCACCGUCUACUGUGUCCACAGGGACAAGUACGUCAUGGCCAUGCAGGUGGCAGCCAUACUGGCCAGCGUGCUCGGCAUUCUGGGAGGAUAUUUCAUGCCCAAGGUCUACAUCAUCCUGCUCAGGCCCCAGAUGAACACCACCGGCCAUUUCCAGAACUGCAUUCAGAUGUACACCAUGACCAAGGAAUGA